AUGAAGCCCUGGGUUCUCCUACUCAACGUGAUCAUCUAUGGGGUUGUGAUGCCUCUGCCUGUGCUGGGAGGCCUCAGGAACAAGACAUUUUUUUCAGUUGGAAGAACAGUGGUCGAGCAGUGCUGGAUACAGCCUCUGUUACAGUACUGUGAGAAGAGGUGCACUAGAUUACAGGAGUGUUUAUCUCCCAAUCAUACAUGCUGCUGGACCUUCUGUGGAAACAUCUGCUUGGACAAUGAGCAGGCCCACGAGGCCCAGUCUCCACCUGUGUGA